AUGCAUCUUUACCCAUAUAAAAGACCUCGUCGAGAUUAUGAUACACGGACAUGCAGUUCGCCUUGCCGUACGCAACGGCCAUUGCGCCAUUCAAUUAUCCCAGACCUGGAAUCCCUCGCAGAUACAGCAUUGGAUGGCUUGGAUGAGUCCAUCAUAUGUGAUAACAUGGAAGCACUGGAUUAUUUUCUUACAUCUGGAUGCCCCGCAUGGGAUUUGAGAGCUGGCAACAAUGAUGACGCUCUAAAGUUCAUCUUCCGGCAUGGCAGCGACGAGGUUAUUGCGCAUGUGGCCAAACAUCCCGCGUUACGAGGGAGCCCUCUACUGCAUGAGGGAAUGGAACUCCUGGUCUAUCGCUGCAGGGAGGACCUCGUCGAGGUGCUCCUUGCUCAUGGAGGGGUUGAUAUCAACUGGAGAAAUUUUGGAGGCGAGAGCAUGCUAUCUAUUGCCAAGGGUGGGGAAGAUUGGAAGAUAGUUGAAUUCCUGAUCAGCAAAGGCGCGCACAAAUAG